AUGCAAGAGCCCGGGGAAAAAGUGGACUGUUUCCAACAUCCUAUCCCAGUCUACAUGCCCAGCCCCGGCCGGUCCUCUGCGCUCAGCCCUCUCCUGAGAUUUGGCGCCCUGGCCCUGGUCCUCGCCGCUAUUUUAUUGUUAUGCGCAUCUGUGGCUGCUUUGUUCUUCUGGAAGGUCACGGAAAGAAACGUUUACAAUGUGCGCUACAGUAUGAACAUCAACGGCGAACUGAGGGAGGCAUCGGCGGAAAUUGAUUCUGACAAUAACCUGGAGAGAUUUAAAACAGGGGAGGGGGCUGAGGCGUUGGAGAUCCACGAUUUUCAAAGUGGAAUAACGGGAAUCCGCUUCUUCGGUGGAGACAAGUGCUUUAUAAAAUCCCAAAUCAAAGACGACCUGCCAGACGUGGAAAGUGACAACACGGAGCUACUGACGCCCGACCCGAGAGAUGAGAUCCUGCCUGUGAGAUCCGAGGAGCAGAUCAUGACAUGGGUGGCUUUGGAUCGGCCAGUGACGGACACAGAAUUUCUGAGCAAAAAGAUUAUAAGCCUAUGCAAAGGUCUGCCCAUAUACUGGCUCGAGCCUGCCUCCCCUAAAGAUGGAGCGAGGCAGAGGAGGAGGAGAGAGGCGGGGAGAGGCACGCGGCAGUUUAAACCGCGCCGGACCAGGCCAGCUGCCGGAGAGGAGAGGGGCCCCGACCAGGAAGCCCCCAGAGCCGCAGAGGAACAGGAAGACAAUGGACCACAGUCUGCCGGGUCAGCAUUCAACCCCGAAAACCCAUACCAUACUCAGAGCGGAGGGGCCAGCGAGGACGGCGCUAUGACCUUUGACCCCAUGCUGGACCACAGGGGGAUCUGCUGCGCCGAAUGCCAAAGAGGCUACACCCACUGUCAGAGGAUCUGUGAGCCGCUCUAUGGACACUGGCCCUGGCCCUACCACCACAGGGGCUGUCGGGUGGCAUGCCGCGUGAUCAUGCCGUGCCGCUGGUGGGUGGCACGAAUCCUGGGCCUGGUGUAG